UUUCUAAGCGUUGUUGUGGUAAUAAUUACAACAACAGGUCCCCCCUCAUAUAGACUUAGUUCGUUAAUGUUUUAUUGUUCUGCUGUUAUGGAGGAUUUCCCGGAAGAUUUGAGCUCAUUUCUGCAGACGCAUCCUUGCUUUCAGCUCACAGACUCGAAGAAGAUCCGAUGCUCUCUGAACGCGCACGAGUUUCCCUGCAGCCUCGCCGAGCUGCAGCGCUUCACCGCGGGGAGCAAAUACAAGAAACUGCGCGCUCAGGCCGAGUUUGACUACAGUCAGUACGAGCCGCACAUAGUCCGCAGCACGAAACAGCCGUGAGUACACUACACUACACUACACUAUAGUACAC